CGAAGCCGCCCAAACGUGACAUCCGCCGUGCGUGUGCGUGCCGCUUUUGCUCGUUGUGCUCCUGUUUUCCCUGCUGCUUGCUUCUUCUCGAUGACAGCGAUCAAGAUUAAUGAAAACGAUAUUACACGAGAGCCUGUUCUAACAUGGACUGCUGUUUAAUGCAUAGAUCACAGAUGAUUCUGAGGCAGUUGCCGGAGACUGUAGCCGUGGCAUGUGUGGUCAGUGAACUUGACCGCAGCUGCUGGCGCGUUUUAUAAUCGUGCGAAUGUUACUGGUCACUUGAGAUUCGUGCUGUGAAUAAACACUCCGUCAUUGACGGCAGCGUGCGCGAGGCAUGCGUGUGAUGAUGUUUGCGUGCGUUGAUGUGGCUCGCCGACUGGUUUCGAGUAAUCGUGCCGUCGGCGCCUUGAUGUGUCGCGCGCGAUGUCUAUCAAGUGACCGGCCUACGGAUGAACCGACGGCGAACGACCGGCAGGUGAACGGCGAGGACAGCACGUUCCAGGGGCACAUACCUGAAGGAGAACUGGAGAUCUCUUAUAGUCGGAGCAGUGGACCGGGCGGUCAGAAUGUCAACAAAGUGAACAGCAAGGUCGAGAUUCGCUUCCACCUUGAGACGGCCACCUGGAUACCUGCUCUGGGUCGGGAGCGACUAAAGACCCAGUGGGGCCAUCUAGUGAACCGUCGCGGCCAGCUUGUGCUCAACUGCGACGAGCAGCGCAGCCAGCUAGCCAACACACGCAUCUGCCUCGAUCGGCUGCGAGCCCUGGUCACCGAGGCCUGCCGCCCGCCACCCUCUGGUCCUGACGAGGCCACCCAGCAGUUGCACGAGAAGAGGCGGGCUCGAGCCUCGGCCCGAAGAGUGGAGGAGAAGCGGGCCAGGUCUCAGUGGCGGCGUUUCAAGGAGCCAUCUCGCAUCCUCUAAGCCGACGGAUCGACACUGCCAAUCGCUCAUCUGAGGAGACAAUCCAAUCGUCGUGUGUAAAACUGCUUCUGUCGGGCAGUUUGCUGCCACUAGUCACGUUUUCAUGUGUUUCAACGUGCAACUUUAACACGCAGAUGUUUGUGUGGAAAUAUAGUUCCGUGGCACAACAGCCUACUUUCAUUGUAGCACAUUACCUGACAGCAGCUUCACAGUUACUGAACGUGCAGCCGGACCUGUUGUCUGCCGAAAUAGAGUGUUACAGCCCAAGCAGAACUUUUUCCACUGCAGUUCCUUAGAGCUUGAAAGAGAGUAGUGCUCACUCCCGCUUUGGGCAAAGACAGGCCCCGUGCCGCUAUUUUAAGGGCUUUGAAUAAAGGUGUAUACACACAUUA